CAGCCGUGGAGGCGUGACAGCUAAUGGUUGAAUGGUUCUUAUGGUUGUGAAUAUUUAUGUAAAGUGUCAAGUCAAUGUAGUCAAACUCAUCGAAGUCAUCUAACUACGAUGGAAGAAUCAAAACAAAAUGUUUUACCUGAAUUCAGCCUGCUGUUAUUCCUGCAAAGUAUUGAAUGGCGAGACCCUUGGUUAAUAGGUUUAGUCAUGUUCCACAUCACUAUCACCGUUAUGGCCAUCCUUACCAGGAAUCACAGCAACUUCCAAGUUGUCCUAUUUCUGAUGUUAUUGCUGCUGGUGUACUUCUCAGAAAAUAUUAAUGAAGUGGCUUCAAAUCAUUGGAGAACAUUUUCUAGACAGCAAUACUUUGACAAUAAAGGACUAUUUAUUUCACUGGUCUUUUCAGUUCCUAUACUUUUGAACUGCAUGCUCAUGGUUAGCAGCUGGUUGUAUCAGUCCAGUCAGCUGAUGACACAGUUGAAGCAGGCUCAGUUGCGCCAACAUCAGCGAAGAAUAACACCAACAAACAACUCUGCAGACGACGCUCGGCUCAAGUCUGACUAACCUCACUCUCAGUGCCUGUCAAUCUUGCCGUAAACGUCACGAAUUGUUAAACUGAUUUCAAUCACAAAUUUGAUGCCUCGAUUGAAAACAGUCAUUUGUUACUGUAUCUUUGUAAACGUAGAUGUGUUUAUACUCGAAAGGUAGGUAGUGAAUUGUGUCGAUUUUGUGAAUUUUUACCGACUGGAGUUUUUAUAAUGUUUUGCAUCGUAGAAAUGUUAGUCAUUUAAAGACUGGUUUUGUCUGUAAUAAACUUUGAUGUUUACUUACUGUAACUUUUAAAAUUCUGGUUUUGACUAGUUUUUAAAUUUGUUCUAAAUUAGUUUUAAAAUCUGUUAAUGACCAAAACAUCCUUGAUCGCUAAUAGACAUGGUUUGGAGUAAAGAGUUGGACAUGGAAGUCUGAUCCAAAGGUGUUUUACAGUAAAACCUCUAAUAACUGUCAUCCAUGGGGGAAACUGAAUAGGCUGAUGAUAGGAAUUCCUUUAUAAACCCUAUUUUUUUGGAAAAUUACAAUAAUGUUAAAAAUAAAUAACAGUCAACAGUGUACACAUGAAUUAAACAUACAGUAUACUCCCGAUCAUGCAAACCCUGGUUAUCCGAGCUAUGGGUCAGGGUUAUCCUAGGUUGCUAAAGACCUAUAUAUACAUUUUUUUAAAUCAAUAACUAAUUUUUUAAUUUACUACAGUAUUUUCCUGUUUAUUGUAAAGUAAAAAUUUCAUGUCAUUAUGAUUUGUUUAAAAGAAUAAUUGAAAUAACCUUAAGGUAUUAUUUUAACUUAAGAAUGAUUCGCAAUAACCUAGAAAAUAAAAAUCACCCAGUACUCAACUUGCUGUCGACCAUUGGCAAGCUGGACGUUUCGAAGAGUGACCAGCUAAUCAGUUAAUUGAGGUUCCACUGUACCUUUUAUAACAUUUCUUACUUUAUUUCUAUUCAACUUAGAUUUGGAACCUAACCAGUAUUUCGUGACAAGAAAUAACAACUAUCCGUGAUUGUAAUUAGCUUUUGAGACUCCAAAAAUAAUAAUUAGGUAUAAACACUCGACUUAAUUUUUAAGAGACUACACACUUUUGAAAACCAAAUUUUUAAGAAACCUAAUUGUUUUUAUCAAUUGUGGGAAGAAUUUGUGUAGAUUAUAAUAAUCUUCUUUCUCUCUUCCUUUACUGUCAUAAAUAUAAUUAUUGUUUAAUGCACUACUUGUUCAACUACUUAGAUUUGUCAGAUAAACACAUCACAAAAUAUAUAAUUUGUAAGUCUCUAAAACAUUACCAGUAAGGUACCUGAAACACAGGAUUUAACUUGUAUUUAUUACAUUAAAAAAUUUACAUCCGAUUUACAUUCAGUCAGUUUAAUCACAUAAUAUUUUAUAAUGAAAAGCAAUUUUUGUUGUUAAAAUACUUGAUUAAGAGGUUUGUACGCAUGAAUGAAUAUCUAUAUAGGUUAGAAAAUGAAAAUUGUAUACAACCAGGCUAUGUUCGGUUUUAACGUAUAAUGUAUUACCGAAGCUCCUGAUGCAGGUAAAUACCGUUGCGAUAUUGAAGCACUAUCAAAAAACUUGCCCUCGUCUUAAGAUUCACCCCAUUUCCUAAAAUAUGUCAUUUCAGUGCCUAUUUUUGUGCUUUAGAAACUUUUUUAGUACUUUUGACUCUAUCAAUACUUAGGAAAUCAACUAUCCGCAUUAGUUGUAGGAUAAAGCUUACCAAUGUUUAGUUUAUAAAGUAGUGUAGAUAAUCAUUCAAACUUUUUAUGUAAAUCGGAUGUUCAUCGAAAGUUUAUGAAUCGAUAUUUAAGUCAAAAACAUUUUGUGAGAUUAUUUGCCUUAAACAUCAAUUUUAUAAUGCAUGACAAUUGGUUGCCAUUUUGACCACGGUUUUUUCUUUCCAGAAUCUUAAGUGCUAUCUAAUUUUGUAAAGACUUUUUGAGUUUUGAGUAAGCCAGUUUUUUGGAACUUAUGGUAAAUCUUUUUUAUACACUGUGAUAUUAAGAUCUAGUUUUACUAUGGUGGAAUUGAUUUUGAUGUGGUCCAGUAAAACAGCAUUUAUUUUUAUUUUUUAUUUUCAUAAUACAUUUUUUCAUUUACAUAAGCUCCACUAACAGCCUGGGCUAUGGGAACUGAUACAGAAAGUAAAAAAGGCAAUCAACACAAAACUUAUUGUACAAUUGAUGGGUUGUUGCCUUAUUAGUGUUUUUACUAGUUUUUCGCUUAGUCAAUAUUUUCUCUUUGAAAUGCCAGUAAUAUUUUAGCUUUGAAAUAAUUUUUAAUCACUACUUUUGAAUAAAGUGCAAAUAAUAUACUGAAAUGCCAAAGGGUAUUUUCUUUAGUACAAAAAUAUAAAUGUAAAAUAGAAUGUUGAUAUUUUCAAAUAGUCGAUACUUUGUGAAUUUAUUUUUAUCCCUGUCCCGUAAUUAUCCUAAAAUGAACCUUGAAUCUGCCUUAUAAUUUCUUGACAAAACAAAAAAUCUAUUUUUAGUCUUAUAGUAGUUAUCUCCAAUGAUCCAUAUAUAAAUAAAUAUAAUGAUAAAGUAUAUGAACAGGUUUGCAACAUUUUAAUGCUCUUUGACUUUGUUAAACCUAAUGGUAUGUUUCUUUCUAGAUCGUCUUUAGAUUAUUUCUUUGUUGUAAGUGCUUAAUUAUUUAUAUUGCAUUCCUCUUUGCCUUAUGUUAGAAACCUUGAGUAUUUUGUUAAUGUUAGUGUAUACGUAAUAACUCCUUGUAAUACUAAUUUUGGUGUUGUAACCAGGAGUUAAGUGUAAAUAAAGAGUGUUGAUAUUGAUAA